AGAUCCCUUGCACUUGCGGUUGUGUUCUUUCUUGUUUAUUUGUGUUGCAAAUUAAGUUUAUAUUUCGAUAUAAACUUAUUUCUUACAUUAUUAACGUUGAGUUGAACAUCCCGUUCCUCCGUUUUAGUGUUUACAGUGAGAAAGAGACUCAAAAACGUGCUGUGCAUUGUGCUAAAGAGACAGAGACUCAAUUUUAUCUUUCAUCAUGAAAGAAAACGCAAGGAAAUGUUACAAGUGUGCAUGUUCUCCUGCUCAUGAUCGUAACAUCACUUUGUUUUCCUAAGCCUGGGAGAACAAAUAGCUUACGAUGUUAAUUAUGGGCGAAGUACUGUUUUCCUUAUGACUCUUGGUGGUCACCAGAAUUUAAAAACAAUCUUCAUUCUAGGCAUUCAAUGUUGUGCACUAAACAUUUUAAGAAAUCAUCAUUCAUUGAUAAUUGUGGAAAGAGGCUAUUCAAAUCUGCAGUACCUGAUGAGGAAUGUGAUAAGAUCACAUUAGCUGACCUUAAUUUGGAACAAAGGAAUAUCAUUCAACAUAUUGCAGGUCCAUCAACUAAUAAACAACCACUGUCUGAAAAUAUUCAAAAGACUAUAACUGUUCCAAAUGUAUUUGAGCCUGUUGCGGGCCCGUCAAAAUUUAUACAACCCUUGUGUGAGAAUGUGAAUUAUAAGACCAUUCCUGACAAAACUAGUGCUAUUCCUCAAGUAACUGAGAAUAUCAACCCUGUUGCUGCUGCAAAUCCAUCCGCGAAAAACAAAAAGGAUAAAGAUAUGUUGAUAAAAAUGAAAUAUCAUCUGAGAAAAAUUAACAGGCUUCAAAAAACUGUAAAGCAUCUAAAGAAUGAAGCAUUUCUCAAAGUAUUGAGCAAAAAUGAUUCAGUAAAUGAAAUAUUAAAAUGUAAAAUAUCCCCCUCUUUUGCAUUAUUUUUGCAAGGAGAAUUGCAAAACUAUAAAAAAAUAAUCAAAAGGUCGAAGAUGGAACAUAAUAUUUAAACAUAUGUCCACCCAUUAAAAUAAUUAUUAACUUAAAAAGGAACUAGGCUCUCCCAAGUACAAAUUAUUGUUUAUUGUGUGAUAUGUGAUAUUUUUUUUGAGUUGUCUUGUAACAUACUUUAAAUCAUAUUUUUUUAAUCCUAGUAGUAAGAUCUUAAAUUAUGUGUUGUUUACAGGGGAACUCUCUUCAGAGGCUGUCACUACAGCUAAUGUUAUUGCAAAUAUGGACAAGCUGUUUGAUUGUGUCAACGCAUGCACACCAGACCUAAGAAGGGGGAAACCAUUUUCGACAAACAUGACAAAUAAUACACCACAUCUCACACAUUUCACUUUAAUGAAGAAAUUUUUUAAAGAAAUGACGUUUUUGGGAUGCUAACGAGCUCCUCCAUCCCAAGAAGGUUGGAUAUGGUCCAUCAAUAAAAUAGAACGAAUCUGCAGUCAAUAACAAUAAUAUAACGAAAAUAAUUUCUACAAAUGUAAUAUUAUUGGUGACAUCUAUAAUAUAAUCAGGUUAUUGGAGUUUAGACAUAAUAUUGCAAAGCUAUUGCCUUGUUUGUAGAAUGUGAAGGUAAAUAAUGUUUUCUUGUUAGAAAAAAAUGUUUAUAUUAGAUUGUCUAAUCUUUUUUAUAUAAAACCAAUGUACCUUUACUUUCAAUUUUGCUUAAAUGUCAUGUUACAUAUGCCGUUUACUUAAUAGGUGAAGUGAUGAAGUAAUUAGCUAUAAACUAAUACUCGUUGACACGUGUUUUAGCGAAGUUACGAGAAUGCUUAUUUCUUAUACUUCGCUAAAACACGCCUACCUCUUAAAAAUAGACUAUUCUGCUUUACAUAACUACUUAACUAUUAAAUCGAUAUUUAGUGAAGAGAUGUUGAGAACUGUUUACAUGCAUAAAGUUAAAAAUUUGUUAAUUACUCCGUUACUUACGUCCAUCAAUGUACCAACGGUUUUUCUAUGUACCAAUGUAGACAAGUAUGUAAUGUAAAUAAAAAUUAUGUAUUUCAAAAACCACAUUUACUUGAAAAAUAGUUCCUUUUUUAUAUUAAAAUGAUUGCUAAUCGUUUCAAAAGUGGUUUAUGAAUGUAAAGUACCAUAAUUUACAAAUAACUUUGUGCUUUUGUUUUCGUUUUAAUUUAGCAAUAUAUAUCAUUGAAACGAAAAACUACAAGCUAUAUCUAUCUAUAUGGUAUUUUACAUUCUUAAGCCAUUUUUGAAACGAAACAACCAAGACGCCAACUAAAAAAAAAAUCACGUAUCAAAAUUCCCGCGCAAAAAAGUUUUAGGGGGCACGACAGAGAUGGCGUGCAUUACGGGUGCCAUUUUCUUUGUUUGAAGUUGACAUUCUUCCCGUCUAAGGGUAUUAGUGUUCUGUGUUAUAACUUUACCUCUUUUGCCGGCUAUGCUGCACGUAAAAUACGAAACCUCCAUUCACCACAAAAAAAAAUGCUUGGUCUUCUUAAAGAAGCAUGUGCACACAUCACAAAGUAUGAUUGGAUCAAUGUAGUAGAAAAGAUAAAGAAAAUUAUAACGGAAGACUUUAGAAGCGACGUACACUUUGACAAUUUAAUUGAAAAUGAAUUUAUUAUAAGGUUAACCGAUGAAGAUAGUUCAACUGAUGUUAAUUUUUCUGGAUCAUCCAGUGACGAAAGUGAAUAAAAUGUUACGAAUUC